CAAGAAAUUAUUUUCUUGCCCGCUGCUGCAAACACUCUCUGCUGGCUGCACACCACCAGCACUCACCACACCACCGCCGCUCGCAUCGACGCCGCCGCCCAUCAUGGAUGAGCAGCAGUUUGUGUCGCUGCUGCAGGCGCUGCUCGAGCCUGACACCAACAAGGUGAAGAGCGCCACGUCCCAGCUCAACCAGCACUUCUACAAACAGCCCGAGUCGGUUGUGGCGCUACUGAAUGUCGUCGUCAACCACCCACAACCUGAGCUCCGCCAGCUCGCCUCAGUGGAAGUCCGCAAGCUGGUUGGCAAGCACUGGGCCGCGCUGUCCGAAGAGCAGAAACCACAACUUCGCCAGCAGCUCCUCCAGAGCACCACCGAUGAGCAGCAGCAGCUGGCUCGUCACAGCAAAGCCCGCGUCAUUGCUGCAAUUGCCAAGGUCGACCUCGAAGAUGGCCAGUGGACCGAGUUGCCUGGCCUUUUGCAACGAGCUGCCACCAGCGACACCGCACGCCAUCGCGAGGUUGGCGUCUACAUCAUCUACACACUUCUGGAGACCAUGCCAGAUGUGUUCCAGGAGAACAUGUCCACAAUGCUGACCCUCUUCAACCGUACCAUUCAAGACCCCGAGUCCGUCGAUGUGCGUGUCAACACAAUGUUGGCACUCUCGGAGCUUGCCAUGGUGCUCGACACCGAAGAGGAUGCCAAUAGCCUGAAGCAGUUUCAAGAUGCCAUCCCGCAUAUGGUCAAGGUUCUGCAGAAUACCAUCGAGAACGAUGAUGAGGAGCACACAAUGCAGGCGUUCGACGUCUUCAACAAGCUGCUCAGCUAUGAGAGUGCCUUCUUGAACGCUCAUUUUGGUGAUCUGAUUCAGUUCUUCAUGCAAGUAUCGGCAAAGACGGAGGUGGAUGACGAGGUCAGAUCGCAAGCCAUUUCAUUCCUCAUGCAGGCUGUGAGAUACCGCAAGCUCAAGGUGCAGAGCCUCAAGGUUGGCGAACACUUGACGAAGAUGUGCUUGCAAAUUGCGACGGAGCUCGAUGAGCUUCCAGAGGAGGAGGAUGACAUCUCUCCAGCACGCUCGGCUCUUGGGCUUCUCGACAUCCUGAGCGAGAGCCUACCUCCAAGCCAAGUUGCUGUACCCCUUCUCAAGGCUAUUGGACCUUUCGUGCAGGACAGCCGCCCAGAGUAUCGACGUGCUGGUAUUCUCGCCCUCGGAAUGUGCGUCGAAGGCGCACCUGACUUCAUCGCCACUCAAUUGAAGGAGAUCCUUCCUCUUGUCCUCCACUUGCUUGAAGAUCCAGCGACUACCGUUCGUAGUGCGGCGCUCAACGGCGUCUCGCGCUUGGCCGAUGAUCUGGCCGAGGACAUGGGCAAGGAGCACGCCAAGCUCAUUCCUGCUCUCGUCCGAAAUUUCGACAUGGCUCUCCAGGGUAUGCGAAACACUCAGAAAGAUAGCUCGGAGCACGAUCUCAACACACACAUCGUCAAGGCUAGCGCGAUGGCCGUUGACUCUUUGAUUGAGGGUCUGGAGGCCGAAGAUGCGGCCAAGUAUGUCAGUGAGCUCAUGCCACGAUUUGCCAUGCUUCUUGAACAUGACGACCACAAGGUGCAGAUGGCUGCAGUCAGUGCAAUCGGUAGUAUCGCCAGCGCGUCUGAGAGUGCCUUCGAGCCUUACUUUGAAAAGACCAUGCAAACGCUUGGCAAGUACAUUGACAUCAAGGGCAGCAACGAUGAGUUGGAGUUGCGCAGCAUGGUGAUCGACUCUUUGGGCAAGAUCGCCAGCGCCGUGGGACCAGAAGCAUUCAAGCAGUUCGUCCAGCCAUUGAUGCAUGCCAGCGAGGAGGGGUUGCACUUGGACAACCAGCGGCUCAAGGAGACCAGCUUCAUCUUGUGGAGCACCCUCGCGCGAGUGUACGAGGAGAACUUUGAGUCCUUCCUCGAGGGUGUUGUCAAAGCUCUGUUCGCUUGCCUUGACCAGGAAGAGGUCGACUCUGAAGUCCAGCUUGGUGCUGAAGCAUCUGACCUCAUCGGACAAGAAAUCACCAUUGCAGGCAAGAAGAUCAAGGUCGCAGGCGCCAAUGGCCACAACGAGGACGACGAGAUCGACGAAGAAGAAGUUAUCAAAGCUAUGAUGGAGACUGAAGACGACGACGACGAUGACUGGGAUGACCUGGGCGCUGUCACUGCUGUUGCCAUGGAGAAGGAAAUCGCCGUCGAAGUACUGGGCGACGUGCUCACUCACACGAAGGGCAAGUUCCUGCCAUACAUGCAGAAGACGAUCGAGACCACCAUUCCCCUUCUUGAGCACACCUUUGAGGGCGUUCGCAAGAGUGCCAUCAGCACGCUGUGGCGCGCCUAUGCAUGCCUGUGGGGCCUAGCGGAGGACGACGGUAUGCAGAAGUGGCAGCCUGGUCUGCCAUUGAAGGCCAAGCCUACGGCCGACCUGGAGAAGUUGGGUGAUCUUGUGAUGAGAGGCACAUUGGCCUUGUGGGAAGAGGAGAUGGACCGUGCUACCGUCACCGAGAUCAACCGCAACCUCGCCGCUACCCUCAAACUGUGCGGGCCCGCUUCUCUGGUGCCUGCAUCUAGCUCGAACCAAUCCACUCCACUCGAACAGGUUACCAGCGCUGUCAUGCUGAUGCUGCAGCGUAGCCACCCCUGCCAGAAGGACGAGGAUGAUUUCGACGAGCCAGCACCGAUGGAGGGUGAAACCGCCGAAUAUGACUGGCUGGUAAUCGAGACCGCAAUGGAAGUUGUGACUGCACUCGCCACAGCUCUUGGUCCUCAGUUCGCAGAGCUAUGGAAGAUCUUCGAAUCUCCCAUCGUCAAGUACUGCUCCUCGCAGGAACGCUUCGAGCGCUCUGCUGCUGUCGGCACCAUGGGUGAGUGCAUCGAAUCCAUGGGAGCUGCAUGCACUCCAUACACGCCACGUAUGUUCAAGUUGCUCCUGAAGCGUCUCAGCGAUGAGGACCCUGAAGCGAAGAGCAAUGCUGCCUACGGUAUGGGUCUGCUCUGUCUUCACAGCACGGACGAGAAGGAAACCCUGCCAAACUACAACACCAUCUUGGGACUGCUUGAGCCUCUGUUGCGCAAGAACAACGGUGCGAACGAGUCCGAGGCACGUCUGCUCGACAAUGCCGCAGGCUGUGUCUCUCGCAUGAUCAAGAAAUCGCCAAACAGCGUACCGCUUGACCAAGUACUACCACACCUCGUCGAUCUUCUGCCACUGAAGGAGGAUUUCCGCGAGAAUGAGCCAGUGUUCGACAUGAUCAUCAGCCUCUACCAAGCUCAGAACCCUGUCAUCCAGGGUCUCACAAGCAAGUUGCUGCCAAUCUUCGAACAGGUCCAGCAGCCACCGGAGGACCAGAUCAGCGAUGAAAUUCGAGGCAAACUCACAGAGUUGACGAAUUACCUUCGUAGUUGAAUAAAUCCUCAACUUCCGAUUGAUGAAUGUUAGCACAAAAAGCGUAGCAUAUAUAGAGAGAGAUACCCCGAAUCCGUUGAACAAAGCGCGAUAGACCGUUGCUGAUUGGGCUUGCAUGAGACAUUCACGGAUGAUUACGAAUGAGCAUUGGUUCAACUUGAAUAGUGUCAUUCGUUCUAUCGGGUAUUUUCUUUGAGUAUCCUAGGCCCACCACCUCGUCCAUUGAGCGGACGCUUCACGUUGCCAUUGAGUACACUCGACUCUGGUGAGCCGUAUGCGCUCGCUCCUUCCAACCGGCGUCGUUUGGACAUAGAAUUUGCCCGAUCAUUCGCGUCUAGUUCUUCAGUCUCACCGUCUGCAUCGGCAUCGUUGUUAGGUGUAGCUUCAUCGUCAGCACUGCCGACCACGGCUCCCGGAUUAGGUGGCGUUUCGUACGACAUCUUUUCCUUCUCAUGCUGCUGCCAAUCCAUAUUUGAUGCUCGAGGCAUCGGUCCUUGGACUCCCCAAACAGAGCCAUUCAUGACCAUGUCCUCUUGAAGAGCAUUAGAACCCUUUUCAGUAUAAAUUUGUGGUCGAGAAGUCGCUGAAGGUGCUGUAGUGCGCGAAGAGCGCGUAUUUGCGCGGAUAGUGGAUCGCCAUUUGGAAAUCAGCGUUUCUACGUUGUAAUUCGCUUGGGCCGCCGACAUGCU